AUGGCUUUGGAAGAUAUCUGUGCUUUAAAACCUUUUGCUCUGUCUCACGGGACAACAACCCUGGGAUUCAUCUUCAAAGGUGGGGUCAUCGCUGCAGCAGACACACGGGCAAGUGCCGGUGGACUUGUAGCUUGUCCAGCUGUGCACAAGAUUACUCCUCUUCACUCCCACUUGGUCGUCACCUCCUCUGGUAGUGGAGCAGACUGCAUGCUGUGGGAAAGAAUCCUGACAAGAGAAAUCAGACUUUAUCAGCUAAGACACAAACGACGAUUGUCAAUAAGAGGAACAGCCAAGCUCCUUUCGUUUAUGUUACAUCCAUUUAAAGGGACUGAUGUGUGUGUGGCCCUAACUUUAUGUGGGUGGGAUACAGAAAUCAAUGGCCCCAAACUGAUAUAUGUGUGCAGUGACGGGGCUCGGCUCCAGGGAAAUGUCUUCUCUGUGGGCUCUGGGUCCCCUUAUGCCUACGGGGUCCUAGACAGGGAUCUGAAGUGGAGUCUGACUGUGGCAGAGGCUGUGUCUUUGGCCAGAGAAGCUGUGUUUAGAGCCACUCACAGGGACGCAUACUCUGGAAACAAUGUGGACCUCUUUCACAUCACAGCUCAAGGGUGGCAUCAAAGACCGAGAGAGGACUUGAAAGAGGAAUAUUACAGGAAAAUGGAAGAGACACAAAUUAAAGUGGAAAAAAGAAAGAAGUCUCAGUGAAAUCAAGACAUUAUGUGCUUUAGAUUUUCACAUAAUUGA